GUUUGUGACGCCAUCUCGGCGCGACUCUUCAUUUUCUGGGAGUUUUCGGGCUGCUCUGCCGGAGCUAUGCCGAAAGUCGUGUCGCGGUCGGUGGUCUGCUCAGACACCCGGGACCGCGAGGAAUAUGAUGAUGGCGAGAAGCCCCUCCAUGUCUACUACUGUUUAUGUGGCCAAAUGGUCCUGGUGCUGGAUUGCCAGUUAGAGAAAUUGCCCAUGAGGCCCCGGGACCGGUCUCGCGUGAUCGAUGCUGCCAAACAUGCUCACAAGUUUUGUAACACAGAAGACGAGGAGACUACUUAUCUUCGGAGGCCUGAGGGCAUUGAACGUCAGUACCGGAAGAAGUGUGCAAAGUGUGGACUGCCACUCUUCUACCAAUCCCAGCCGAAGAAUGCUCCUGUGACCUUCAUUGUGGAUGGAGCAGUAGUGAAAUUUGGCCAAGGCUUUGGGAAAACCAAUAUAUAUACUCAGAAACAAGAGCCUCCUAAGAAGGUUAUGAUGACCAAAAGGACUAAAGACAUGGGCAAGUUUAGCUCUGUUACUGUGUCUACCAUUGAUGAAGAAGAAGAGGAGAUAGAGGCUAGGGAAGUUGCUGACUCUUAUGCGCAGAAUGCCAAAGUGAUUGAAAAGCAGCUGGAGCGCAAAGGCAUGAGCAAGAGGAGGCUGCAGGAGUUGGUUCCAGGUGCUGAUGGUAGCAGUAAGUCUGUCGUUGUGGUAUUAGAGGGUGGAGACUUUCCGGAGCAGGAGUCUUUAUCACAUUCUGCGUAAGCAGACCGAAGUUCAGAAACGCACAGCAGCUUGUUCAAGGUCUCCCAACGUUACUGGAAAGGCCAGAAGUUUGUGGUCAGGCAGUCUGGUUGAUGCUUGGCCUCUCAUUUGGAUGGAACUUUUCUGGACUUCCCCCACUGAUUUCCUUGCCCACAUCCUUCCCUGAUUUGUUUUCUUUGGUCCAUAUAGGCCCCAGCUAGCAGCUAGAACAGUGAUUAGUCCCAUCCAGCUUCAAGGCAGAAAGGCAUUCUGUUAGCCAGGUGCCUUGCCUUUAGAGGAGCCAAUCAGAGUUUCCAUCAGUUGCCACAGGAAGCUCAUCAGGCACCAUCAAAACCCGAUGCAGAUGAAGUACUACUGUUAGGAUACAUUCACUGACUUAGAGCAAGGGGACCUGGGGACUUGGCACUUUCUAGGUUAACCAGGAUAGGGCCAGCUCUCCAAUCAGGGCCAUUUCUAGUUGAUAUUGUAAUGAAGUUAAAGUCAGCUCACUGGGAGAACUAUUGCAUUUCAUUUA